AUGCCUGUUAAAUCAAAUGCAGUAUCUUUUAUGCCUGAAGAUCCUCCAUCUGCUGAGAAAUUACGCGACCUUCUGCACCGACUCCACGGAUUCCAACCCCGUCCCGACCAGGUAGAGGCCAUUAAAACCCUGGCCAUCGAUCAGAGAGACCUCAUACUCAUAGCUAGGACUGGCUGGGGGAAGUCAAUGAUAUUCCAAUCAGUUCCUGCACUUAGAACGGGCGGAAUCGCCCUUCUGAUCAUGCCUUUAAACCUGCUAGAGGAGGACCAGGCAGCGUCAAUCAAGAAAAUAUCUGGCUGUGUUCCAUGUAUUCUCAACAGCAAAUCGAACAACGCUCAUGUGCGCCAGCGGAUAAUGAAUGGAGAAUUCACGCACAUUCUUUUGGGGCCUGAGAUUGCUCUCUCAGAUAAAUUCGCGGAGCUGUUACGGCAUAGGGAGUUUCAUCAGCGCUUAGUCUUAGUUGCCAUCGAUGAACUGCACGUCGUUCAGCAGUGGGGUGGCGAUUGGCGAAAACACUACUCUCGGAUUGGCGUCCUUAGACAUCGUAUCGAUAAAAGAGUGCCAUGGUUUGGGACCUCUGCCACCCUUGACCCGACCAUGCUUCAAGAUGUCAUACAAUUGGCGGGUUUUCAGGACGAAGUCGAGGUAAUGAAAACAACGAUCGACCGACCAGAUAUCUCAUUAUCCAUUCGUCGGAUUGAGCACAGCAUUGCUAGUUUCCAUGAUCUCAGUUUUCUCUUAGACGAAGCAGUGACUGCCCCAGGGCAGGUCAGCAUGAGUCAAAUCCCAAAGACGAUCGUGUACAUGGAUUCAAUCGCCCAGAUCGAGGCCGCAGAGUUUCAAAUGAUCGAAUGGCUCGUGAGGUUGGGUAGCCAGAGAGCCUUGGCAAGCGCCGCUAUUCAAGCCUAUCACUCUCAGUUGGCUGACUUCGACAAGCGCAGAAUAUCUGAGGAUUUUUGCCGUCCCGACCGAGGCCAGGGCGGUCCCGCCAUCCACCGCAUCAUACUAGCCACAGACGCAAUGGGAAUGGGAAUCGACAACCCUGAUAUCCGCCGCGUCAUACAAUGGAAACAGCCCUCCUCAAUGUGCACACUAUUUCAGAGAGCAGGGAGAGCUGCAAGAGGAAGUGGAUAUAUGGGUGACUUCCUUUGGUUGGUGGACUCCUGGUGCUUCGAACCGAUGGAAAACCAAGCUGAUGCAUCCCGAAGAGCAAAAUUGGAGAGGGUGCGCAGAGCACAACUCGAUCCUGGCCUGCGGGAGUUGAUAAACACGCGUGGCUGCAUUAGAAAAUGCGCUCUAAAUUUCUUCGGGGAGUCAAUGACGGAUUGCCAACGACCUGGACCGCUGGCCUGCUGUACUGGUUGCAGUCAAGUUGACAUCCUCCCUAGGCCUCGAAAGCAAGAGCAACAGCUCCGUAAAUCGAAAGUCCCUAACUGGGCAAGACUAAGGGCUCGCACGGACUUGAUUCAGUGGCGCAAGACAAGGGCAGCGCAGCUCUUCCAUGCAAGCUUCUUCCAAGAUGAGGACGCUCAUGAGGCGCUAAUGCCCACGCACUUGCUGGAUAACCUGGCAAGAGACGGAUACCACAUCCAUACAAUUAAUGAUCUUCGAGACCGUAUUGGGGGGAAGUGGAUUUGGUUGGAGAGAUUUGGAGGGGAGGUCGUCAAGACCAUCAGGGCAGCUGGGGUUACCAAGGGGGUCGACAUCAGAGCCAUUGCAGCUGCUCGUGCAGCUAAAACAAGAGACGAGAGACAAGCCCUUCAACAGCUCGAUGCAAACAGGGCAUUCCGUCCGUAUCGAGGUCAGCCACCGAUUACGCCAAGUCAAAAAAGGCAAAAAAGGCAGAUAGGAUAG